CUCAGCAAGCAGAGUCUGCGUCGUUGGCUUUGGCUAUGGAUCCGUCGCGUGCUUCUUCACUGUGACAGCAACAGCGAAUACGUUUGUUUCCGUGCUUGUGGUUUGGAUGAACACUUUCGUGGAGUGAAUACUCGGUGCGCUUAGACUGGAUUGCUUGGCGUUAGCAGUGCUGUGACGGUUGACGCGCUAGAGGUUGUGCCACGUGGGAGGCAUCGGAACGAUACUUCGGUGAGGACAUUGAGAAACUUCCGAUUGUUCGGCGUGCAGCUUUGGCCCGGAAGGGCUAAGAGUGAGAUCUCAAGGCGAGCACAUGCGCGGCAUCAAAAACGGCUGAGAUGACGGUGCCCGAGCACGAUCUGCCUCUCUUCCAAGCCCACUAAGCCUAUCCGUGGUUAGGAGUUAAUGGAGCGCCGCCAUGCCACUAGUUCCCUCCAGCGGAAAAAGAAGGACUCCGUAAAGAGGCUUAGUUUCGAUGACCAGGACACUUACGAGACAAUUGACGAAGACGACUGUCAGUACGAACGGCCUUUCUGUCCGUCACGAACAGCGGAGCCCCUUGAGGGUCGAAGUGUGAUUGCGUCGGAAGAUUCGGCCAUCGACACGCAGUCUCAGGAUCCACCCCGGGGCAUCCGGCCUUGGCUUCUGGCCAACCCGGCCCUGAGGCAACAGUACUCCUCCCUGCCACCUUCAAACAAUCCUCCAUCCAGACACCUGCAGGGAAGCCUACAGGGCUCUGUAGAUCGCAUACCUCGCGGGACCCUCAACGUGUCGUCCCACCCUGCAGGGCUUUCAUCGUCCGGUUCUGAGUCUCAGGACGAAGACGACGAAGAGGACGAGGAAAACCGUUCAGACGCCACUUUUACAGGAUCUGAACUCGCAUUAGCGAGAGACACCACCCUGGUGCUCCAAAAUAGGAGGGUCCCUGUGAUCCCGCCUCGUAACCUGUCCAUGGGCCGGACAGGCACGGGCGGGUCACGGACGGGAUCUUCAGCUGCGAGUCAAGGCUUAGCCCACGGACAGGAUACAGAACAUGAGUACGAGCCCACAUGCCUAGCCAGGACGCCAUCGGGAUCGCUGUUUAUACCUAGUGAUAUUGUAAAAGGUCCAGGGUCUCCGCAGAAUAAAACGAUGGAUUACAGAACGACGCACCUUAUCCAGGACGAGACGAAGACAAAUCCAGACAGGCAGGGAUAUGGUGGUGGGAUAACCGGAGGUACAGUGCAACCGGUGAUGGCCGUCCGGAAUCAUGCUAGGCGUCCCGUCCCAGCUAAUCACUUCUCACACUCACGGUUCCACAUCCGCAAGACCUUGUCCUCGCGGUGUUCCUGGAAAUGUGCUGCGAUUGGGCUCUUACUUCUUACGCUAGCACUCGCCAUAGUUCUUACCUACUUUAUAGCAGUUGCUUUCGUCAGCUGGCAGCAUGGUCAGCACCGGUGUCCAGUCAUAGUCGACGACAUCGAUGGCUCCAUCGCAGGCGAGGAGAUCAAAAGCCCAUCAGUCCUUCCACCCAAGACUCUACCUCCCAGCAUGGAGUCCUUUAUGGACAUGUCAAUGGGGAAGAGGCACAGCAAAACUAUACCGUCCUAUGGACAUUGGAAUGUACAGUUUCACCAGGUCGAACCUGCUCUAGUCAAAUUCAAUUAUACAUUGCCAUCGGGCGCUUGCGUUGGCGUCUAUGGCAGAAGAAACCACGUACCCACACAUACUCGCUACGACUUCGUAGAGGUACUCAACGCCCGUGAGAAGAGGCAUCGAAGAUCACCCGCCCAAGAGAACUUCAAUAUGGAAUUCAUCCACUUCUUGGACCGCGGGAGAUGGUACAUAUCAGUUUACAACGACGGGGAGAAGCAGGAAGAGGUGUCCUUUGUUAGCGUCGUGGCAGAUGUGUCAAGCCUCCCAUGCCCUUACGAUUGCCAUGGUCACGGGACGUGCAACAUGGGCAAGUGUGACUGCGACCCGGACUACGCGGGUGAAUCUUGUACAUACAGAGUUUGUCCAGUGUUGUGUAGUGGGCGGGGCCAGUACAUAAAUGGCGAGUGCUCUUGUCAACCGGGCUGGAAGGGACGAGAGUGCCAGCUCCGCGAGGACGAGUGCGAAGUGCCGGAUUGCUCCGGGCACGGUGACUGUCUUGAUGGACUCUGCCGGUGCUUUCCUGGCUACAAGGGCUCACAUUGCGAAGAUGUUGACUGUCUUGAUACAGAAUGCUCUGGCCACGGCGUAUGUGUAAGCGGUAUGUGCCUAUGUCGGAAGGGUUGGAAAAGCAGUGACUGUAGUGAACCAGACAGCGAUGCACUUCGAUGCCUCCCCGACUGCUCGGGCCAUGGACAGUUUGAUCUUGACCUCCAAAGAUGCGUUUGCGAUGGUCAGUGGACUGGUCCAGAUUGCUCCCAAGAAAAAUGCGAUCUUGACUGUGGUUCUCACGGCCGCUGUCAAGGAGGUGAGUGCAUAUGUCUGGAAGGUUGGACUGGAAGCAAGUGCAACGAGAAGCUGUGUGAUUUACGAUGCGCUGAGCAUGGUCAAUGCAAGAAUGGUACAUGCCUCUGUAUCCAGGGCUGGAACGGCAGACAUUGCACACUAGAGGGAUGUCCACGAAGCUGCAGUGACCAUGGCGAAUGCGUCAUAGCUCAAGGUGACUGGCAGUGCCGAUGUGACACCGGCUGGGAUGGAUCUGAGUGCAAUAUUCCCAUGGAGCGUUCAUGCGAUGACCGCAUCGACAAUGACCAUGAUGGCUUGACAGACUGCGCCGACAGCGAAUGCUGUUCCCAUAAGGCUUGUGCCAACAGUCCUCUGUGCUUUUCAUCUGCUGAUCCUCUGGACAUUCUGCUGCGCAAGCAGCCUCCUGCAGUCACUGCAUCAUUCUUCCAGAGAAUGCAGUUUCUGAUUGAAGAUGAUUCAGUGCAGAGCUAUGCUAGCAAAGAUGCCUUCAACGACAGCAUGCUAUGGAAUUUCAAUGCCAGUCGGGCUUCUGUCCUCCGUGGUCAAGUUGUGAGUUCUUCUGGGAGUCCGCUUAUGGGAAUCAGGGUAGCGAUUGCGAGCAACCCAGCCUCGGGAUUUACUCUAACCAGAGAUUCAGGAUGGUUCGACCUAAUGGUAAAUGGCGGCGGAGCUGUCACGUUGCAGUUCCGGCGUGAGCCCUUCCAACUGCACGAGCGUACCGUGAUGGUACCUUGGAACGAAAUAGUUAUUUUGAGUAAAGUCAUUAUGAGCCUGGAUCAUACGAAGCUACCCGACCGUAGAGCUCCAGGGUGUCUGGACCACGACUUUGAUAGCAUGAAGCCCGUUGUCCUGGCCACAUGGAAGCAUGGCUUUCAGGGCGGUUGCCCUGAACGAAGUGCCAUCUUGGCGGAGUCACAGGUCGUUCAGGAAAGCCUCUCUAUUCCUGGGACGGACCUUCACCUUGUCUAUCACAGCAGCCGUGCUGGUGGCUACCUGUCUACCAUCCAGUUACAGCUGACACCUGAUGCUAUUCCUCAGACGCUAAGAUUGAUUCAUCUGAAAAUUUCCAUAGAAGGUAUCUUGUUCGAGAAGAAGUUCGAGGCUGAUCCAGGCAUCAAGUUCACAUAUGCCUGGAACCGUCGCAAUGUGUAUCGGCAGAAGGUCUACGGUGUUGCACUUGCAACGAUCUACGUGGGUUAUGAAUACAGUAGCUGCCCAACCGUUAUAUGGGAAGUACAGACGACGCAAGUCAGCGGUCAUGAUAUGAGCAUUUCGGAAAUAGGAGGCUGGAACCUUGACAUUCAUCACCGGUACAACUUCCAUGAAGGCAUACUUCAGAAAGGUGAUGGUACUAACGUCUACCUAAAGAACAAGCCAAGAGUUCUGCUGACUACAAUGGGCGAUGGGCAGCAGAGACCUCUUCACUGCCCCCACUGCAACGGGAUUGCAAAGGAACAACGCCUUCUUGCACCUGUGACGCUUGCUUCUGGUCCCGACGGAUCCAUAUACGUCGGAGAUUUCAAUUUAAUUCGACGUAUCACUCCAAACGGAAGAGUCAGCACGGUAGUGGAGCUGAGCGCUGCGCAAGUAGCAUACCGGUAUCACCUGACAGUUGGGCCUGCUGAUGGACAUCUGUACAUAUCCGACCCCGAACGCUAUCAGAUUCUGCAAGUCGUUAGCUACACCAACAUCGCAGACGUGAAGAACAACAUUAUGAUAAUGGUUGGCAAUGGAGCAAAGUGUCUCCCCGGAGAUAAGCUACUUUGUGGAGACGGACGACCGGCACGGGAAGCCAAACUAGCUUACCCGAAAGGAAUUGCUGUGUCCAUGAAUGGCGAACUGUACAUUGCUGAUGGAACUAACAUUCGCAUGGUGGAUAAAAAUGGAAUAAUACACACCCUUAUCGGAGACCACUACCACAAGAGCCACUGGAAGCCCAUUCCAUGCGCAGGAACAUUCUCGUUGACUCAGGUAAACCUACGUUGGCCAACAGAACUGGCUAUCAACCCAUUGGACAAUUCACUGCACAUCCUCGAUGACCACAUGGUUCUCCGGCUGACGCCAGACAAGCGAAUAAAAAUCAUCGCUGGCCGUCCUCUGCACUGUCCACUAGCAGCCGGGCGUGAACGAAGUGACCUAGCCACUGAUGUGUUUCUUGAGGCCCCUCAGAGCCUCGCUUUCGCACCUAACGGUGACUUGUACAUUGCCGAAUCGGACUCUCAACUCGUCAACAGAGUAAGAAUCCUAGGGAGCGACGGUAGAAUCGCCCGCUUUGCUGGAGCUGAGCUCAAGUGUUCGUGCCUCGAGCAAAACUGCCGAUGCUUCGAUGAGGACCACUUCUUGGCGUCUACAUCCAAGCUCAGCACCAUAUCAUCCAUCGUCGUCACACCAGAUGGACAGCUUCACAUCUGUGAUCAAGGAAACUUCCGUGUUCGUUCUGUGACGGCAUCACUUCCAAGACCGAACGAACAAUUUCUCUACGAGAUAUAUUCCCCUGAAACUCAGGAAAUGCAUGUCUUCAACAGGCACGGUCAACACACGUUGACUCGUAACAUCCUCACGGGGAAGGUUGUCUACACCUUCUCCUACAACGUGAACACUAGCUUUGGUAAAUUGAAUACAGUUACGGAUGCCGAAGGCAACAAGAUCUACAUCUUACGUGACUACAGCAAUCAUGUUAAGACCAUUGAGAACACUCAAGGAGGAAAGUGCCAGCUUGAAAUGUCGCGUAUGAGAAUGCUACAGAGUUUUGUAACCCCCGAUAAUUUCAAGACUGUAUUUGAUUACCAUGGCAGCACAGGACUGGUUCGAAGUAAGAUCGACAGCUCUGGGCGGUCAGUAGUUUAUGCUUACGAUGGAUAUGGACGCCUCACGGAAGCCAUCACCCCAAGCGGCGAGGCCAUUCGGCUUUCGUACAACUUGAGCAUCAAGGGAGCUGCAGUGACAGUUACGAGGAACAACAAGGACCCCGUAUCGCUCCUGAUAAAAGGAUCUGACGUCACAACCCGUAUAGGUCUUGCGGAGGAACGUAUAAUUCAGAGUCCGGACGGGAGCAUCUUUGUCGCAUCCCAAGAUGCGAGUACUCGAGAAAUGGAUACCGUCGCAAGUCCCGUCCUCAGUGACCUAAGUCCUGUUCUGGGAGAGAUCUUUCCGGUUCCUGCUAAGCUUCGCACUAGCCUCAAUGAUGACGUUACUCAGAGGUUCGAAUGGCGUUAUUACCUUCGCCGGGAAGGCAAAGGCAGGCAGAAGCAAAUUACGCAUGUAGGAAGGAAGAUGAAGGUCAACGGUGACGUCACGCUCGCCAUCGAGUUCGAUCGGGAACAUUACAACGAGACGCUGUUCGACAAAAACCAGAUCCCUCUUCUGACCGUCCACUAUGACAACCUUGGCCAUCCACUUAGCUGGCAACCAACUCAAAACGUGACACCGGUCGAGCUGGUAUACGACCGCUAUGGACGCCUCGUAAAAUGGCAACGUGGACACCUUAUGGAGACCUACUCGUUCGACAUGAGUGGGAGACUCGCGGACGUUCGCUACUCGGAUGGCAGAGGGAUUAUGUAUAAGUACGAUGAAAGCUCUAUCAGCGUGCCGACAGAAAUCAUCCUUCCAAGCGGAAGCAGAUACAUUCUUCAAUACGAUGUCUCAGGAAGUCUCCAAGCUGUUAUCACGCCGAAUGGACACAAGCACGAAAUAGCCACCCAGACGUCCAUAGGAUUCUACAAGAUCCUUUACCUUGCACCGGGUGUGGGCCACCCCUACGUUAUGCACUUCAACGAUCGCGGUCAGAUCCUUGCCAAGCUGUACCCGAAGAAUAAAGGCCGUGUUGUAUACGUAUACACAGAAGAAGGCAGACUGGGAAGUAUCCUGUGUGGACCUGAAAGAACAGAUUACUACUAUCACAAUAGCACCGCCUUAGUAAAGAGUGUUACAAAGAACGUACCUGGGCUCGACACUCGAAUGGACUACAGACAUCAUGGGAGUCUUGUAAAAGAAGAGCGCCACAGGUACAACAGCAGAAGUGGACUGGAUGGUGCUAAGUUCCGGUAUCACUACGAAGGAAGACUUUCUUCAGUCGAACUUGAAAUCAACGGGAAGUCUUCAAUUACAACCAAAUACCGCUACAAUACCGAGUCGGGCAUACUGGAACAAGUCCAACAGUUCCUGGUCCACCGUCCCAAAAUGAACAGCAUUUUCAUACAAGAUGAGGCUAGGCAAUACUCAAAGACCAUAGGGACGGAUUCUUACGGACGUUUGAUAGUUCUGGGCAUUACACUUUAUAAUAAAGAGAUGUUCUCUCUAAGCCUGAAAUACGACAACAGGAGCCGAGUUAAACAAACGCACACUAAGCUGGGCAAGGACUACGUCAUGUUCAGCAACAACUACACCUACACGUCCGAUGGCUUUUUAGAGGAAGUGUCUGGAGCACAGUCUUGGAGAUUUAUAUACGACAUCAAUGGUAACAUGAAGAGUAUAUGGGAAGGACCUCGGCAAAUAUCACUUAGGCACGACGACGGUGAUCGCUUAAUCGGAUAUGGCGACGUCGAGUUGUACCUUGUCGACGCCCGCGGCUUCAUCAUACAAAGAGGGGGCGAGAAGUUCAAGUUCAACGCCAUGGGACAACUUGUACAAGCUUUUGGAAAAGACCAGUAUGAAGUCCAUUACUUCUACGACGCGGAAGACCGCUUGAUCGCACGUAAGGACCACAAGGGCAACAUCACACAGUUCAUGUAUGCGGAUCCGAAACAUCCCAAACUGAUCACCCACAUGCAUUAUCCAAAAGACUCUCUCACCUUCGUCCUCAUCUAUGACACUCUGGGUCAUCUUAUCUACAUGCAACAGGGCAACAGCAAGUUUUACGUCGCCAGCGACCAUUUGGGAUCCCCACUUGCGGUGUUCAGUUCUGAAGGUGGAAUAGUAAAAGAGAUUCAGAGGAAUCCCUUUGGCAAAUUGGCCUACGACUCCAACCCUGAAUUCUUCCUUCCUGUUGAUUACCAGGGUGGAAUUCGAGAUCCAGUCACCCAGCUAAUUCAUUUUGGUGGCAGAGUUUACGACGCCCUCGGGGUGCAAUGGCUGACCCCGAAUUGGGAAAAAGUGCCAACGCUACUCCAAAAGCCGUAUGAUAUCCACCUCUACAGGUUUCACGGGAAUGACCCCAUCAAUCCUGAGAGACACGAUGCAGGACAUUUGAAUGCUAUUCCUGACUGGCUCACAGCGUUGGGCUACAAUAUGGACCGUCUCCUGGUCGCUCCCCCUACCAGAACCCAUUUGCACACCUUCGGGGUAAGCGUGCCAACGGUCAAGAGCGUUCCAGUCAUCUCCGGCCUGAGCUGCGCUGCCGAAGUAGCAGAAACUGCUUUCUACCGCUUUUCUACCGUCCCCAAGACUGCCGUCAAGCUCGACGGGGACUUCCAGAGGAGCAUCAACUCUCGGAUCUCCAACCUUCCGUCUGUACUAGGCGACGGCAUCCUGCUUUCACGCGAUGGCCUCCGGGCUGUUGUACACGUCGUCGGCGAGUCCAGCCCCAUCCUACGAGACGUCAUGACUGCAGUGUUCAACGAGACUCUGAUGGUGGACCUCCGCUUCUCGCUGCACGGCCAAGACUCUUUCUUCUUCGUUCAGCCUAGCCAGACAAAAUCAGAAGAAGACUGGGUGCAGCUUGGCCGCCUUGGAACCAUGUUCAACAUCACCAAGCACACCGUAGACACCACCGCUACAGGUGGUUCAGGCGUGUCGAAGAGCCUGGUCGACAUUCGCAUGCACAGUACGAGCGUCACCCUGAACAUCCGUUACGGAACAACCUUGCAAAAUGAAAGGCAGCGGCUGAUCAAGCACUUCAGAAACAGAGCUGUGGCUGAAGCAUGGGCGCAAGAGCAGGACCUUUUUAGGAUGGGCCACAAAGGCUCGCACGAUUGGACAAAAGUAGAAGGUGACGAUCUCAUGGAACGUGGUCUUGUGUCAAGGUACUUUGGCACAGACAUACACGACAUUGAAAGAUACCCGCAGUUGGCGGACGACCCAACAAAUGUUGUCUUUAGGAAAGAAACGACCAGGAAGCGACGAGGGAAAACGAGGAGACCUCGAUAGACUUUCACAUUCCAGUCGUCGGUAUAGUUUAUAUCCGUGUUCCUGAAGCGAAUGCUCCGAAUGCAGAGCCCAGUAUAUUUUGUGCCGGAACGGCAUUACUGUCAAAACUCCGCAGAAGGAAACCUGGCUUUGUCGAUGAGACAAGGCUAUAUGCGACUGAUGGUUGUCGCUACUACGUCAGACGUUAUGCUACUAGUCGUUUAUCAUAAUUAUUUUUGCUUUCUAAAGUGGCUGUAUGUCCGGAUCGAUGCCCACCCCACACGUACCUACUGUAGGCACAACCUUUUUGAAAUACUCGACAGUGAAGUACCCUCUUAUGUUUCAGUAUAGUGCAAUCCCGUCUCAACCUUUUUCGUACCGUGGCCAUACUAAUGUUCCAACCACAAGGAUUAUUACCGGAGCAUAAUCUCUAAGAAUAGGUGCUACCGAACAAGUGUGCCCCAGUGUAAAUACGUCACCUUGUGUGGUUGGGUGUGAUGACAUUUUGAACCCGAGCGUAACCCAGUGUCCGUCAUAUUGUCAGAUUGUUACGUUGGUAGUGGCGGAAAGGGUCAUUGGCGCACCAGCGCCGAAUAUAUGUUCUGUGAGUCGUGAAGUAUUGAACACUGAUCGUCGUCGACAUUUUUUAAAUUUUUUUUUCCAAUGCUGUCAACAUCGGCAGCAGCGCCACUCUGCGUGUCAGCGGCCGAGCUUUGCCUGCGAGGAACAAAAAGAGGCUGAACUUUAAGAAAAAAAACAAAAAAAAAACUGAAGUGCCUUACGAUAUCGUUAUUGAAUAAACUUCACACCGUGGCCGACACCUUGCCGAAUAUGAUAGUGUGGCUUUGGCACAUAUUAUUUUUGCCGCUGUAGAACACCGUCACAGUAAAAUACUCAUGUCCUCGGAUCAGUUCUUGGUACGCUGCUUGGUAGAGGAGAUUUUUUUUCUUCUUUUUUACAAUUCUAUUUCACGCAUUUUCUGUGGAAUGCUGAACACUGUAUGCCUCUCUUGAGGCUCUUCGCAAUCUCGUCCAGAUUAAGGUCUUUUUCAGAUUGUCGUAUUGUAUUCCUGUGUCUAUAUUUUUGUUAUAUGUAUUUUUAUGCAGGGAUGUCUCCAGCGACCACAGGUGCCAAAAUGCUUUAUUUGUGUAAUAUAAUAAUUGCUCCUUUUUAUGUAUAGCUCUUCGCUGUCUGAAUUGUGCUUAUAUUGAAGACGUUUGGUAUUACCGGGGCAGUAUUUUCUGCUAGAAAGCCGACAGCUUCUUCUGUGUGUGCGCGCGUGCGUGAGUGUGUGCGGGCGUGCUAGCGCCGAUGUGUUUUUUGGAAGCCAAGGUGUUUCACGUUGCUUCAGUUUGCUACGCUAACUGUGUACAUAAACUGCAAUGCGUGGCCUCCAUAUUUGUGUGAUACGUGGUGAGAUGACAUGCGGCUGUCAAACUGGACUGGGAAUGGAGAUUAUUAAGAUUUGUACUUAAUCUACACACUCAUAAAUAAAUCUGCUUAUGAUGGCA